CUCGUCCCCGGGUCGAAGCGUCCAGCGGUUCCAGCCGCCCGCGCCUUAAACCCUACUCGCUCGCAAACCCCCACCCCACCCCACCCCACCCCAAAGCCAUGGCCGCCGCCGCCGCCGCCGCGAAGGCCGCGGCCGCGGCCCUCUCGGCCGCCGGGGCCUUCGCCGUCUCCUCCGAGCGAGCGUACGCCGAUGGGGGCGCCCCCGCGUUCCGAUUCCCCGGGCUCUCCACCUCCCCGUCCCCUCCCCCCGCCGCGCCGCCGCCGCCGGCGGCGGCGGCAGACCAGCAACCGCCCGCGCCUCCCGCGGAGGAGAAGCGCAAGGUCCGGAACGAUCACCCACGCACCAGUGCCGCCGGGUUCGACCCCGAGCCGCUGGAGCGCGCGGUCGCUCUGCUGCGGCAGAUCGAGAAGUCUCCGCAUGGGAAACAGCUCUUCGAUACACUGAAGAAGGAGGAGGACGUGCGGCGGGCGGAGAUCAACACGAGGAAGGUCGAGUUACAGAGGGAGCUUGCUGCGCUCGAACUUGAGAAGAAACGCGUGGAUUAUGAUGAGAGGCAAAAACUCGAGCAACAACGAGCUCAGAUAAAAUCACAGAUAGCUCGAUACGACGAUGAGCUAGCAAGGAAGAGAAUGCAGGCAGACCAUGAGGCGCAGAGGGUGAGAAACCAGGAGCUUGUGAAGAUGCAAGAGGAAUCAGCUAUUAGGCAAGAGCAGAUUAGACGUGCAAUCGAGGAGCAAAUACAGGAAGAACGAAGAAAGACUGAUAGAGAAAAGGCAGCUAUAGAUAGGGAUACUGAGAAAAUGAGAAUUUUUGCUGAUGCAGAGGCAAGAGCGAUUGAAAAAAAACAAACUGAAGAUGUUGACAGGCGAUUGCUUAUAGAGAAGGCAAAGGCUGAGAAGGAGAAGUGGAUUGAAGCAAUAAAUACUACCUUUGACCAUAUAGGAGGUGGUUUACGGACAAUAUUGACUGACCAAAAUAAGCUAGUUGUAGCAGUUGGAGGCGCCACAGCACUUGCAGCUGGGAUAUACACAACAAGGGAGGGUGCAAGAGUAGUCUGGGGCUAUGUUGAUCGUAUUCUAGGUCAACCAUCACUUAUUAGAGAGUCUUCACGAGGGAAAUAUCCCUGGUCUGGUGUCUUUUCACGUAGUAUGCAUACGAUGGCCAGUAAACUGAACAAAGGAAGCAACUCAGGGAAUAAUGGGAAUGGGUUUGGUGAUGUUAUUCUAAAUCCUUCUCUUCAGAAGAGAGUGAAGCAGCUUGCUAAUGCCACCGCCAACACAAAACUUCAUCAAGCUCCAUUUAGAAAUAUGCUUUUCUAUGGGCCACCAGGCACAGGAAAAACGAUGGCAGCAAGAGAACUAGCCCGGAAAUCGGGAUUAGAUUAUGCACUAAUGACUGGUGGAGAUGUUGCACCGUUGGGAUCACAAGCAGUCACCAAGAUUCAUCAGUUGUUUGACUGGGCAAAGAAGUCGAAUAGAGGCUUGCUCCUCUUCAUUGAUGAAGCUGACGCUUUCUUGUGCGAACGAAACAAGACAUAUAUGAGUGAAGCUCAAAGGAGUGCCCUGAAUGCUCUCCUUUUCCGCACAGGUGACCAAUCUAAGGACAUUGUCCUUGCACUUGCAACCAACAGGCCUGGUGACCUUGACUCUGCUGUUGCCGACCGUAUUGAUGAGGUCCUCGAGUUUCCUUUGCCUGGGGAAGAUGAGCGGUCCAAACUUCUUAGACUAUAUCUGGACAAAUACAUAAUGAAAGCUGGUGAAAAGCAUGAAAAGAGUUGGCUCAGGUUCUUCCGUGGUCAGCCUCAGAAAAUAGAGGUGAAGGGCAUCACAGAUGAGUUGAUACGGGAGGCGGCUGCCAAGACUGAGGGUUUCUCAGGAAGAGAGAUCGCAAAGCUGAUGGCAAGUGUGCAGGCUGCUGUGUACGGAAGCAAGGAGUGCGUGCUGACUCCAGACCUGUUCCGUGAGGUUGUAGAUUACAAGGUCGCCGAGCACCAGCAGAGGAGACGACUUGCUGGCUAUGAUAUGAAGAAUGCUUAGGAAGCCUCUUUUCACGUACCCCUUUUGCUGUAGGCCCAGUGUUUAUUUCUGGUGAGAUUACCUCAAUGGUGAGGUGAUUCAUCUGCUUAGUUGUCUUUAUUCUUUUACUGCAACCCUUACCCUUGAAUGGGAAGUUUUGUCAAUGGCGGAUGAUCAACAGAAGAAGAGGAUUAUAUGUAUGAACGUUAACCUAACGCAGUCUCACUUGCGACAAGAUGGGCAUUUUGCUGGAGAGUACCAUUGAUUAGCU